GCCGGGGCUGCGGGGGGAAGCGGCUGCCGCUGCCGAGGACACCCGACAGUUUUUGCCCAUGUGGAGAAGAAAAGGCAUUUCUUGUAUUCCCCGCAAGUGAACCUUUCCAAGGAGUUCUUUUUCAUGGAAAAUGGACGCCUGGCUCAGAGUAAAGGACAUGCAGUGUACAAUCCCUAGCAGAAGCUGAAAAUGGAUGAUGUCUACUGAUGCUGUUCACUGAUGUCAUCUCCUCUUUUUCUGUUUGAGAUGGGUGAUAGGAAAAUGUUCUAAGAUAAGACUGAGUGACCUCUUCAUCCCUUGACUUCUCUUUCCACAAGCCUGAAAACCACCUGAAGAAAUGACCACUCAGCUACCAGAGGAGUCUGUGGAGACCCAGAGCUCAGAUGAGCUCGAGUGCAAGAUCUGUUACAACCGCUAUAACCUGCGGCAGAGAAAGCCAAAAGUGCUGGAGUGCUGUCACAGAGUGUGUGCCAAAUGCCUUUGCAAGAUCAUAGACUUUGGUGAUUCCCCACAAGGAGUCAUAGUGUGCCCGUUCUGCAGGUUUGAAACGUGCCUGCCGGACGAUGAGGUCAGUAGUCUUCCUGAUGACAACAACAUCCUUCUGAAUUUAGCUUGUGGGGGAAAGGGAAAGAAGUGCCUACCAGACAACCCAACAGAACUGCUGUUGACUCCCAAAAGGCUGGCAUCUCUAGUUAGCCCUUCUCACACCUCUUCUAAUUGCCUGGUUAUAACAAUCAUGGAAGUACAAAGAGAAAGUCCCCAGACUCUGAACUCAACCCCCGUGGUGGAAUUUUACAGGCCUACAAGUUUUGACUCUGUUGCAACUGUGUCCCACAACUGGACAGUGUGGAACUGCACAUCUUUGCUCUUCCAGACCUCAAUUCGGGUGCUAGUGUGGUUGCUAGGGCUGCUGUACUUUAGCUCCUUGCCUUUAGGGAUUUAUUUACUGGUAUCCAAGAAAGUCACCCUUGGGGUUGUCUUUGUAAGCCUUGUUCCUUCGAGCCUUGUUAUUCUCAUGAUUUAUGGCUUUUGCCAGUGUGUUUGCCAUGAAGUUCUAGACUGCAUGUCAUCUUGAUAACAAAUACAGUAAAAAAAGGUGUAUUACCAGAUGUGUAGCAUAGUUGAUUUAUCCUGGUUUUGUAUUCUUUGUAUUCUUAUUUAUUCUUGUUGUCCAUCCCACUAAAUGGAAGCAGUUACACGGUCCCUUUUUCUCCAACUGAAUUUGACACCCCUCACCUCAAGCAUUUUUUGAGCUAAGAACUGGAAAUAAAAAUUGCAUGUUGAUUUUGAAGGGCUGAAUUUUAGAAAGGGAUAAAGCCAAAUCACCAAACUAGGUGCCUGCUGGUGCCGCCACUGUUCAAGUGAGUAGGACUUUGCUUUGUAUUGGACUGAUCAAGUCAGUUCAUGCUGUAGGAUUCGCCCAAGAAGAAAUUACUGUAGCAGACACCUUCCAGACACAAGUACUGCAUCUCUUCACCAAAAGCAUCUCAUGCUCUGAAAUAUCUGUUAUUUAUAAUCUAUCAUCAUUUAUAGCAAAUUAAAUCACUCAAUUAAUAUUCUAUGAAGAAUAAAACUACCAGUUUUUUUAGUUCUUGCUAUAGCAAAAAUACUUGUGGGAGGCCAAUUUUUUUUUAAUGUUAAAAACAUGUCUCCAGAAGACUUUCCCCAAAGAGGAGCCCAUUUUUCCUUGUCAUACAGUUGCAGCUUACUGUGAAACAUUCCUGCUAAUGUGUUAUCUUAUUUAUCAAGAGUUCUAUUAUCAUUAUAGUGCAAAGAUUCCAUAUCCUCAGAGUUUUGUACCUACUCAAUGUUUCUGUAAGCAGUUCCUCUAAGCACUGACUGUUCUUGGUCCUUGCAGUAGCUAUCUAACUCCUAAGCCCACCAAUCCACUCUUUUAUACCACUUGUUCUUAUUGGCUACAGGUGUGGCCUGUUAAGAUCAGGCCUGUUCCUAAUCUUUUGUAAUUGGUUCAGCUGCAACUCUUUGGGGGAUAAGAUUACAUUCUAUACCAACUUCAUACUGUAUCCCCCUACACUAAUGAGUACUUCUGGGGACCCAGCCACAUGCUUGCGUUUCUCCAGGUGCACUUAUUUCAGUGUACACACCUUAGGCUUCCCUUUGAGGGUUCAGAGCUCUGCAGAUUUCUCUAGCUAUGUUCUGUUAUGCUUACCCUCCCUCCCAGCAUUUCCACCACCACCAGUGAUAUUUCCAAGCCACCAGUCCUUCCUUAUGGAUGACCAACCUCAUGCACAUUUACUCUGUGGUAGCUGUGCUGGAGAAUUUGGCUUAUGUGACUUUAGCUCUCAAGACAGACUUUUAUUCCCAACCAUUAGAAAACAGAUCUCCAGUCAGUAAUACAAAUUUGAGGAAAAAAAUCUGAAAUGGUUAACUAGGGCUUUGUUUGGUUGUUUUUUUGGGUUUGUCAGUUUGUUUGUUUGUUUUUGUUCUGAGUUCACAGAAUGAGCACUGUAAGGAGAUAAUGUGACUUUGGGAAGAUUUUUGUUUAAGGCAUAGUCCUUCAAAAUGUUUUAAUACUCUGAACUCCCCCUGUCACCACUGUGAGUUGAUGGCAAUCUAGAUGUGGCAAUUAGCAUGUCUCCAUUAGUGGAGCUCAGAGGAAUUACUGAUACUUUACCAUUCCACAAAUAGAACCAGGCCCUGUAAGGCUUGCUUAUAUUUUGCAUGGUUUAGGAUAUUUUUUGAACUACUGGAAGAACAUAAAAAUAAGUAAUAUUUAAUGUUUAUGUGUAUAACUAGGUCUAGCAACACCGCAGCUGCAAACUGGUUUUCUUGUGCACAGCAGAGUGGAGUUGAGCAGUGGAGUUGAGCAAGCCUGGUUUUUGGGUCUGGCACAAGACUUAGUCAUACCAGGGCAGUGAGUGUAAAAGGGAGAGGGGUUUGUUGCAUGAAAAUUGAAUGUAUGGCCUAACAAUAUACUCUUAGAGCAAAUGGACUUUGGUAAGAAUGAAAAAAAUGACAGUGGGAAAAGCAGAGCCUGUCAAGAGGAUUUGAAGUUAAGCUGGUUCAAUUUUUGUAGAUGGCACAGGUGGUAUCUGCAGUUUUAUUCCUAUUGCAAACAGAGAAAAUGUGGAAAUGUAAAGGUCCUGCUUUUCUUGACCCUCAUUUUCUAAUUGUGCGUAUAUAUGUGUGUGUAUGUACAUAUAGACACGUAUGUGAGAAGAAAACUUACAGCCAAAUCAUAGUUUUCAAGUGUAUGGAGUUAUGGAGCUAUGUAUUGAAUGAUUAAAGGAAAUGUUUCAGACUUUUCUGUAAUGACAAUAAUUAUACCUAAAAUAUUUUCAGAAUUCCUAGAAAAUGCUGUUCCUAAGUAGUUGUUUUUAAUUUUUGUGGUAAAGCACAUGUAGUUAGAAGAGGAAUCAUCUCCAGUCAAGGUUUGACUCAUCUAUGAACUCAUAAAUUUUAAGUAUCCAACAACAAUCAUGUCAAAAAGAAAUAGAAACCUAUGUGGUUUUAUAGAACUUCAUGACUUUUGGAAAGAUGUAUUUGUAGUGUUAGGGAUUUAUAUGUUUUAGGAUUUGUUCAAUUUGUCUGAAUAUAGUGUCUCUAAUAAAGGGCUAAUAGAGGAUA